AUGGGAGAGUUGAUAUUUGAUUUCAACCAGGAAGGUGAUAUGCAUUACAACAGUGACGGAGGAUGUCAAAUCUCGGUUAGUACCAUGGAUGCUACACAAUUUCCUAGUUAUAUGAUGAUUUUGCACACUGUUACUGGUUCUAAAUGUAUAACUGAUAGGCUAUUUAAGAUUAAAUUAAAAAAAAAUAAAGAUAAGGCUGUGAGUGGUUCUGAAGAUACCAUUGCCGUUGAUUCAAGUAGCGUUAUUAAAAAUAAUGAAAAGCUUAAAAGACUAGAGUUAUACUAUAAUAAAAGUAAUAAAAAUAUUGGUCCAAUAGUUGUUGUAUUAACAACAGAACCUAAGUCCACUGGUUUUGGUAUUGGAACAUUAAGAAAAAUUUACUAUUUAUACCGACAAUUAACCAAUAGCGGUAAUGACGGCAAAGUAAAUUUAGUUGAUUUAGAGCCAAUCUCCGAAGGUACAAUAGAACAAACAGAAUUGGAUAACGAAUAUGAAGCGUUACAUACCACAUUAACUCUAAAUAUAAAAAACGGAACGUGUAUUUUCGAAUCAUCUCUUGAUAAUACUAGUACUAACAGUGGUAUUAGCAGCAUCAAAUUAAAUGGUCCAACCAAUGUCGAGCACUCAUACAGCUUUAUAUUUUAUGAUUGCGAAUUUUCUUCCAAAGGAUUUAACCAAAUAAGAAUAGAAAACACUGAUGAUGACCCAUACUAUUUUGACAAUUUCAAAGGUUCUGACUACAACGAUGUAAACCUUGAUAAAAUGCGUGUAUAUUGUAGUAGCGAUGAUUUGGGAAGAAAUUUGCCUCUAUUGAUACAAUUUUGUUCUAAGUCUCACUAUAAAUUUCCUGACUCUAGACAGACUAAUACUUCUAACUAUUAUGAGCUUUAUAAAGCAGAAGAGAUUAAAGUUGAAACAAGUAAAGUUGAAGAUGGCUCAACUUUAAGCACAGAAACAUUUUAUACAUUUAGGAAAUCGUACAAAAAAAUUGAAUCACUAAUGCAAACGCAACUUUUGGAGAAACUUCAAUUUAUAUAUGACAGCAAUAAUGUAAGGGAAAAAUUGUAUAAAAUGAUGCCGGACUCCCAAAAACAAAUCAGUGGGUCAGCUACAGCUGGUAUCGUACUGGGUGUUCUUGGACUCUUUUGCAUACCUGCUGGAGUCCUAGGAUACAUCCAUCAUAACAGGGCGCGUUCAAUAUAG